AUGGGGGAUGAUGCCUCUUUAAAUUCACCCUCCACCAGGCACAUACCUCCUCCCUUCGGGGACCCGCAGAAAGGCUCACUGGUCUGGGACGACCAGCUCCGAGCAGAGCGGCGAGGAGGAGCUAUUGAGCUGCCGCUCUCAGCGGCGGCUCGGAGCCGCCGGCCGAGCCUGAACGCGCAAAGCCUCCGAGGCGGCGACCCCGCGCGCGCCUCUGCUGACCAGCUUGUCUCCGAGCUCGGCCUCCCGGCUCACCUCGACGCGGGGCUGCGCUCGGGCUCCGGGACCGGCAGGGAGCAGAGGCCGAGGCCUGGGAGAGCCCCAGUGCGGCCAACUCACACCUCUUCACCGACCCUGCGACCAUGUGCCGGCUCACCAACCUCCGCGCCGCGCCGGGACUCCGCCGCCACAGUCGGCAGCAUCGCGGGGCCGGCAGUGCGCGGGCCCAGCGUGGGGCGCGCCGGCCGCUGCCCGCUGCCCGGCGGCGAGGGACACGCUCUCCGCAACCCUCUGAAGGCCCACUCUUCUCCGCGCGGGACCACACCAUCCCCUCGCCCCCCAUCCCCCGCGCGUCCUCCAGAGGCAGCGGAGAGACACCGGCGAGCACCCCGGGCCCGGGCCGCCGGCCUGGCCGCGCCGGCCUCCACUCCCAACAUCCUGGCGCGGGCAGGGGCGCUUACUACCCACGGUUUACAGGAGAGGAAACAGGAUGGGAGAGGCCUCGGUCCCCGGCCGACCCCCGGUCCCGGGCCGCCCUACGCUCUGGGCUGCGGCGGCGGGACGCGCUGGUACCCGCGGGCGCACGGCGGCUACGGAGGCGGCCUCAGUCCUGACACUAGCGACCGGGACUCACCGGAGACGAGCGAGGAGAUGGGCCGUGCUGAGGGCGCCUGGCAGCGGGGCCCCGGGCCGGGAGCGGUGCAGCGGGAGGCGGCAGAGCUGGCGGCGCGGGGCCCGGCGGCCGGCGCGGAGGAGGCAGCGGAGCUGGCCGAGACCCCGGCGGGGGCGGCGGAGGCGCGUGGCGGCGUUGGCGUUGGCGGCGGCCGCAAGAAGAAGACGCGCACGGUCUUCUCGCGCAGCCAGGUAUUCCAGCUGGAGUCCACCUUCGACCUGAAGCGCUACCUGAGCAGCGCGGAGCGCGCCGGCCUCGCCGCCUCCCUGCAGCUCACCGAGACGCAGGUCAAGAUCUGGUUCCAGAACCGCCGCAACAAGUGGAAGCGGCAGCUGGCGGCCGAGCUGGAGGCGGCCAGUCUGUCCCCGCCGGGCGCGCAGCGCCUCGUGCGCGUGCCGGUGCUCUACCACGAAAGCCCCCCGGCCGCGGCCGCCACCGGGGCUCCCGCCGCGCUGCCCUUCCCGCUGGCGCCCGCCGCGCCCGCGCCGCCCCCGCCGCUGCUCGGCUUCUCUGGGGCCCUCGCCUACCCACUGGCCGCCUUCCCGGCCGCCGCCUCCGUGCCCUUUCUGCGGGCACAGAUGCCCGGCCUGGUGUGAGCCCCCUGCCCGCUGGGCCCACUCCUCGUGGCCGCUGGGGACCUCUGCGGACACGCAGUCGGCGCAGCGGGGGCGGCGGGCGCUCGGAGGGCCGUCGGGGAGCGCUGGGAC